AUGUUCAAGAAACAACCGCAGACUAAACCUGCUGCCAACAUCAAAUCUUCCGACAGGAAGAAACUCCUAUCUACAAUAUGCACUCAGUUCAACCUCCCUAUAAAUAACAUUUCCAAAGAAGGGCUUACCAAGAUUCUACCAUCGGUAAUCAAAAGAGCAAGUUAUAUCUCCAUACAAGGCCAUUCUGGGACAAUCUACUUUGACGAAGAUGAGCUUCCUAUAUGGUUUCAAACGCGUGACUCUCAACUAUUACCUUCUAUUCUAACAUGUUGGAAGUGCCCCUACAUACUUCCUAUAGUCAAUACCCAUUCCGUUGUGAUUGAUAUUCUUGGUGGCGGUGCUGACUUGAUGUUACCGGGGACUAUUCCGCCAUUUGAUGAGAGAUGUGUCAAGGGGACAUUGGUUGGAGUAGCAAGUGUGUCUGAUCCUUACAGGAUAAUGGCUGUGGGGACCUGCAAUUUGGAUUUGACUCAGUUUGAUAAUGUUGUUGGGAGGAGCGGUACCGCGGUGAAGAUCUUGCACCAUUGGAAAGACGAGUUAAUGAAGAUAAAUAAGGAGAUUGAUGUAAGGGUUCCAGAUACUGUUGAUUUUGAGAUGCCAAAGAUGGAUGAGGAGGCGAAAACAACAGGAGAGAAUGUUGAAGUGGCCGACGUGGCCAACAAGCCUGAGAAGGUUGAUGAGAUGGAGGAGACUACAGAGGCUACAGAGGCUACAGAGGCUACAGAGGCUACAGAGGCUACAGAGGCUACAGAGGCUACAGAGGCUACAGAGGCUACAGAGGCUACAGAAGUUGAAAAAGUCACCGAGCUAGCCAAAAACAUGACCCAGCUAAGCGUGGAAGAAAUCGACAAUUUUUUCAUACGCUCCUUACUUCAAACCAUCAAGCUAGAAACUAUUGAAUUACCAAUAUCAGCAUCAACAUUUAUGUCCUUAUACAUUUACAAAAACUUACCCAUUGUUGAUCCAACUUAUGCCAAUAUCAAAAAGACAUCAUGGAAAAAAACGGUUAAAUUUCUAAAAGCAAUGAGUAAAAUGAAUUAUUUAGAUAUUAAAGGCAAAGAUGAAGAUGUUUCAAUUAUCAAACUCAUGGCUAGUGAUAAUCAAAGUAUUGUGAAUUUUGUACCUCAUAAAAUCAACAAAGUGAAGACGAAGGAACAACAACAACAACAACAACAAAAACAACAAUCAAUGAAGAUCCAAACCUUGUAUAAACCAACGAGUAAAUCACUGAUGUUUUUCAAUAAAUUACAAUUGGAAUUUAAUAAACUCUAUACCAUUGGUGAGCUACGAAGUAGUGUUGAAGAUUAUAUAAAGAAAUUCCAGCUAGUUGAUAAAGAAUCACCCAAAUGCAUCAUAGUUGAUGAGACUUUGGCAAAACCUACAAAUCAACCAAGUGGCACAUCAUGUUCUCGUGAUCAAUUUCUCAAAAAUUUUGUUGGUAAUUUCACACCAUAUUAUAGUAUUGAGAAUAAUCAGGGAAUAAAAGAGAUUAAUAGAGGAAAUCCACCAAAGAUCCAUAUUGUAACUGAAUUGAAAAUAGGCAGAAAGGUAACCACUCGCGUUGAUAACUAUGAAAAGUUUUUCAUUAAACAGGGAGCAUUUGCUGAAGAGUUGCGAAAUAAGUGUUCUGGAUCGUCUACUAUUAUAGAUGAUCAGGUCCAAGUUCAAGGAUCACAUGGACCAUUGAUUAUAGAGUUGUUGAAGCAAAAGGGGGUACCUGUCUCGUGUAUCGAAUAUGUUGAUAAGGUCAAAAAGAAGAAGAAGAAAAAGAAUUAG